AUGAGAGCCCAGCUGGUGUGCGUGGCGCUGCUGGCCUUGGCCGCCUGCAGCCUCUGCUCAGAUUCAGAAGAGGAAAUGAAAGCAUUAGAAGCAGAUUUAUUGACCAAUAUGUAUACAUCAAAGAUUAACAGAGCAAAACUUCCUUACUGGAAGAUGACGCUAAAUGUCUGCAAUUUUAUCAACAACAUAAACAACCAAGUAGGGGAAACAGCAGAAGUAGAUGAAGAAGAUCUCAUUUCAGGAAGACAAUUUCCUGAUGCUCUGGAUGGAUUCACCUUGGAAGCAAUGCUGACAGUAUAUCAACUCCAAAAAGUUUGCCACAGCAGAGCCUUUCAGCACUGGGAGUUACUUCAGCAAGAUGCUUUUGAUCUAGAGAAUUCAAACCAGGAUAAGGAAAUAAUGAAGAGAAAAAAUCCCUAUAUCCUGAAACGGCAGCUACAUGUGAACAAAGCUAGAAGACCAUACAUACUCAAGAGAAGUUCAUAUUACUGA